AUGUAUCACUUUCACCGUGAGCUCAACGAUACGCAAGUUUGUGACCUCAUCAACGAAAAGAAUUACACCAUUUAUGAGCAGCCUCAAGACAACGACGUAAUUUGUCACUGGUACUUCCAUGAACGCGAUCAGAGUGGGACUCAGGUCAUGAUUGCCUCCUCCGAGUCGCAAAACUAUCUGGCCGUUGUCUUUGCUGGUACCGACGAUUUGCGCACGUCUUUGACAGACGCCGAUAUCCUCUUGACAACUUUUGGCGACGAAAACUUCACACUUCCUGAUCCACGCGUACGUAUUCAUUCCGGAUUCAAUACGGCCGUCUUUGGACAAGACGUCUUUCGCGAAAUCGUGCGAAAAUUUGAUGCGCUUCGAAUCCUACGCCCCCAAACGCGUUUGUUUACUACCGGCCAUUCGUUAGGCGCCUCCGAUUCAAUCCUUACAGCCGUAGGUCUGACUUUGUAUUACGAGAAGCAAGCAAAACUUCACGACGCUCAUCAUGAGGCUUUGCCGUCUUAUUUGCGCCACCCUCCUCCGGUUAUCACUAGCUUGAAUUUUGGUUGUCCCCGCAUAGGCAAUUCGUACUGGCGUGACUUUGUGCAUAUGAAUCCAACCGUUCAAAGAGUGAACAUUUGGAGAGUUGUCUUGGGAUGGGAUCUGGUUCCCCGCUUGCCCAAGCUGAUCUACCACGUGGGUCAUACCAUUCAACUCUACCGAAACGCGUACUGGGAAUCGCAGGCCGACCCCGAAAACGCCACUGCCAUUGCGUACUACCAACAUUAUGGAGAUGUGGAGGAAGGACUGGCUGGUGUUCCGUUCGGCUGGGCCAAUGCGCCUUUUAUAUGGGUACCGGGCGCCCUGUUAUCGCACGUCGCCCGUCGGUACUGGGAGUUUCUGUACGCCUGGACCCAGUCUUCACCCGAGCAUCAAGCCACCUGGGUGCACUCCUUCGUAACGAUUGCUACUGACUAUGAUGAUGAUACUAGACCACCAAAUGUGGAUGAUGACUUUUGGGUGGAUCCGCCUGAUGACGAGUUAUUCGAGGCCGCCGACGAAUUGGACAUGGUGUCCACUGCGGUGAAGUAA